AUGCCAAGGACUUCCUACUUCCAUUUCAACAUUCGCUUAGCUGCUUCAAGCAAGAGAGCUUUUAUGGACUAUCGAUUUUGCGAGCCUACUUCACAACGACAUCAACGACGUAGCCAUGAUGUAGUCGUUGACGGUGGACGUUCGCAGACUCUGUCGCCAGCCUGUGUGAUGAUAUUGUUUGUGUCCGCACGCGAUGUAUUUGCCGAGGUGCGCGCACCUGGGGAGGGCGUGACCGACCGGCGGUCGGUUGCCAUGCUAUCUGUGCAUCAGCGCCAACAGCUGAGCAUGUUCGGCUAUGAUGACUCGUACGGCUAUUCGACUGCGUUGCUUGCCGUCGCUCCCUAUGCCACCCAGCUGGCCCUAGGUCGCAUCACUUGGAUGCUCUUCUUCCCGCUCUUUGCUCUUCCCGCCAUAUCUUUAAUGCUCUCCAUUGGUAGUCUUUCCACCCAUGGACCUGUACUCACCUAUAAAAGACUUGCUCCGAUCGCAGCUGGUAAGUUUAUGCUCUUUUUCGGUCUUUAUGACACUAUCGCGACCUUUUGA